AUGGACAGGAAUCCAGGGGCCCUGCGGGGCGCGCUGCGCGCCCGGCCGCCCUCGCGCUGCGUGGGCUACGGCCUGGGCCGCUUCUGCUCGUGCCCCGUGGCCCGGCGCCAGCUCGCGCUGCUGCUGCUGCUGCUGGACGAGCUCGGGCUGCCGCCCAGCCAGUGCUUCGUGUUCGACCCCGCGUUCUCGCAGCAGGAGCUGGCGCUGCUGGCGGAGCUGGGGCUGCGCCUGCUCCCCGAGAACGAGGAGGGGAAGCACCGCGUCGGGGAGGCUGCCACGCUCUUCUACAUGAUCCACUGCGGGAAGGCGCUCUACAACAACCUGCUGUGGAGCAACUGGGCCCUGGGCGCGCUCUCCAAAAUGGUCAUCAUCGGCAACAGCUUCCGCGGCAUCGAGGAGAGGCUGUUGUCAAGAAUCCUGGAAAGAGAUUAUUCUUACAUAGCAAAGGUCUUAAAAGGGACCGAGGAAAUUGCAUUUCCAAGUCACCCUCAGUAUACAGAUACAUUCAACGACACCUCCAUCCACUGGUUCCCCUUGCAAAAACUCAAGGAGCUCUCCUGUGAGGUUUGGGAGUGCGUGGAAGAGCCUACAUACCAGGAAUGCGAGGACCUGGAGAUCAUCAGGAAGGAGGACAGCGUCAGCCCAUAGUGUCCCGCGGCGCUGGAGCCUCAGCCGUGCUCCGCGGCUGCUGCCUGCGGGUGCAGGGCGGCCUCCCCUCCCUCGGCAGCUCCUGCACCGGGGUUAAGCUAGGCAGUGGCCACAGCAUCCCCAGCCGUACAGGGCAGCACCUGCACACUGACCUUCGUGGGACAGGUUGGUCUCUCACAGUGGUUAUGCAGUAUAUGGAGCUGCUGUGCUGUGGCUUAUGGCCACUUGAAACUACAAGCAAGCUCAUUUAAAGACUGUUUUCAACCACUCUUACCACUUAAUGAUCAUUCAUUGGUACAAUUCAGGGCCUUUGUC